CGUACCAAAAAGAACCAACCGUAAAGAUUCGGUAUGCAUUGAAAAUUAAUUUCAGCUACUUCACUUUAAAGCAAUUUAAGAAAUUAAAACCUGUAUAUAACUGCUGCCCGGCUCCCUCCAUCUUCAUUCAUCUAACCCUCCCUUACCAUUAAGCCUCAACCUAAAUAAAUGGCUCCCUCAGUUUCAAGCAUUUUCCUUUUCACCAUUUUCACAUCUCUCGUCAUCUGUUCAGUUGUUGCUCAUGACUUUUCUAUUGUGGGUUACUCGCCGGAGCACUUGACUUCCAUGCAUAAACUCACCGAGCUCUUCGAAUCAUGGAUGUCUAAGCACGGCAAAACCUACGAAAGCAUUGAAGAGAAGCUACACAGACUCGAGGUUUUCAAAGAUAACUUGAUGCACAUCGAUCGUAGAAACAGGGAUGUUACGACCUACUGGCUUGCGCUGAAUGAGUUUGCAGACUUGAGCCAUGAAGAGUUCAAGAGCAAGUACUUAGGGUUGAACACCGAUGCUCCCAGGGGGAGAAUUUCUGAAGACUUAAGUUACAGAGAUGUAAUAGACUUGCCCAAAUCCAUCGACUGGAGAAAGAAAGGAGCUGUUGCUCCAGUCAAGAACCAAGGCUCGUGCGGCAGCUGUUGGGCAUUCUCAACAGUUGCAGCGGUUGAGGGCAUAAACCAGAUUGUGACCGGAAAUUUGACUUCACUGUCCGAGCAGGAGUUGAUCGACUGCGACACGUCCUUUAACAGUGGCUGCAAUGGAGGCCUCAUGGAUUAUGCAUUUGACUAUAUCGUCAACAAUGGAGGACUCCACAAGGAGGAAGACUACCCAUACCUAAUGGAAGAAGGCACUUGUGAUGAAAAGCGGGAAGAGAUGGAGGUAGUGACUAUCAGUGGUUACCAUGAUGUGCCAGAAAACAACGAAGAAAGCCUCUUGAAGGCACUAGCUCACCAACCUCUUAGCAUAUCUAUUGAGGCUUCUGGGAGAGAUUUCCAGUUCUACGGCAGGGGGGUAUUCAAUGGACCUUGUGGGACAGAUCUAGAUCAUGGAGUAGCCGCAGUCGGAUAUGGAUCGUCAAAGGGGCUAGAUUACAUCAUCGUGAAGAAUUCCUGGGGACCAAAGUGGGGUGAAAAAGGCUACAUACGAAUGAAGAGAAACACAGGAAAACCAGAAGGCCUAUGUGGGAUCAACAAAAUGGCUUCAUAUCCUACUAAAAAGAAGUAACACAGCAGGGUUGACAACAUAGUAUUUCCUUUCUUUCUGAUAGCUCCUUCAUUGAUCAAACUUUCUUAAUCCUUGUUGGUACUCUUAUCAAUAAAAUCAGAUAGAAAAUUCACAUCCCUCAAA